UAGUGUCAUGACCUCGACGAUGAAGUCCGUUUUGUUACUGGUUUCUUUUUGCUGCGUCUUCGCAGUAGCAAUGUGUUACGGCUGCGGCUGUGAGUCUCCGUGCGGAUACCCCGCGUACAUCCCGUACGAGUCUCCAUGCGGAUGCGGAUAUCCCGUGUAUAAUCCGUACGAGUCUCCAUGCGGAUGCGGAUAUCCCGCGAACAUUCCGUACGAGUCUCCGUGCGGAUGCCUGCCGCUGUGCGGAUGUGACUGUGUGACUAUUCCGCCACUGCCGCCCGUGUUGGGCUGCGGCACGCAUUUACGAAAGAUCGUUAUACCGCCACCUUGUAUAUAAAAAUGAUUAUUUGGUUUGUUAUAAAACUU